GUCAGCCUCGGUUCCUCGCGCACUCCACGCGCCUCUGUGUUCCGGCUGCCAGCGCUCCUCCGGUAUCAUGGUGUCCACGGAACUCAACCUACAGCACAAUGGGCUCACCCUGGGGAAGGAGGUCGGCGGGGACGGGCUGGCCAGUCCGAGCAGUAACGGAGACCUGGCGGUGACGGUGUGCGGGAGCCCCAGCGCGGAGCUGGCGGUGCAGGAGGAGACACAAGCCAUGCUGCCGCCGGUGGCGGCGGCGCUGGAGACCCGGCUGUACAGGCGGCGGUUCGCGGUGCUGGCCGUCUUCUCGCUGUACUCGCUGGUGAACGCCUUCCAGUGGAUCCAGUACAGCAUCCUCACCAGCAUCUUCACCGGCUUCUACAGGGUCCCCAACCGGGACAUCGACUGGCUCUCCGUGGUCUACAUGCUGGUCUACAUCCCGCUCAUCUUCCCGGCUACCUGGCUGCUGGACACCCGGGGGCUGCGGCUGACGGCGCUGCUGGGAUCCAGCCUCAACUGCCUCGGCGCCUGGAUCAAGUGCGCGAGCGCCCGGCCCGACCUCUUCCCCGUCACCGUGUUCGCCCAGGUGGUGUGCUCGGUGGCGCAGGUCUUCAUCCUCGGGCUGCCCUCCCGGGUGGCGUCGGUCUGGUUCGGACCCAAGGAGGUGUCUACUGCCUGUGCCACGGCCGUGCUGGGCAACCAGUUUGGCGCUGCCAUCGGGUUCCUUCUCCCUCCUGUGCUGGUUCCACGGUCGGACGACAAUAAGGUGACGGCGCAUAACAUCAGCAUCAUGUUUUAUGGCACCGCCGCGGUGUCCACCCUUCUGUUCAUCCUGACUGUUGCAGUCUUUAAGGAGAAGCCCAAGAUCCCCCCGAGUCAGUCUCAGGCUGUCCUGCAGGACUUUUCUCAAGAGCAGUACUCCUACAAGCAGUCCAUCAUCAAUCUCUUCAAGAACGUCCCCUUUGUGCUGCUGCUGAUCAGCUAUGGGAUUAUGACCGGCUCCUUCUAUUCGGUGUCCACGCUGCUGAAUCAGAUGAUCACACAUCACUACGAGGGGGAAGAGGUAAACGCCGGCAGGAUCGGGCUCACCCUGGUUAUAGCAGGGAUGAUUGGAUCUGUAAUUUGUGGCGUGUGGCUCGACUAUACUAAAACAUACAAGCAGACCACGCUGAUCGUCUACAUCUUAUCAUUCAUCGGGAUGCUGGUCUUUACCUUCACCCUGAAUCUUGGGAACCUCAUUAUUGUGUUUGUGACAGGAGGAGCUCUUGGGUUCUUUAUGACUGGAUAUCUGCCAUUGGGAUUUGAAUUUGCUGUCGAGAUCACGUACCCAGAAUCAGAGGGCACAUCGUCCGGACUGCUGAAUGCUUCAGCCCAGAUAUUUGGGAUCCUGUUUACUCUGGCGCAGGGGAAGCUGACCACAGACUACGACCCUCGGGCUGGCAAUAUAUUCCUCUGUGCCUGGAUGUUCAUAGGAAUCAUUUUAACAGCUCUUAUCAAAUCUGACCUGCGGAGGCACAACAUAAAUUCUGGAAUAACAAAGUCAGACGUCAAAUCUAUACCUGUGGACAGUCCUGUAGAAGCGGCGCCCAGUCUACAGUCCGCAACGCAGCUCUAGACGGCAGCUGGAUCCUCUCCCCGAGAUGCAGCCAUAAGACUCGUAUUUAGCACACUGUAUUUAUUGGACCUCCUAGUAUUUAUUUUAUUGCCUCCUUUUCUUGAGGCUGGUACUGCUUAACCACAAGAACCACAAACUUCAUCGAUCGUGCGGUGGUGACGCUGUUAGGAGCAGGGACUGAAAAAACAGUUUGGCCCGGAAUUUUUUUAUUUUUCUUAUUUAAUUGAAAAUAGUUUGCCUUUUUAUUCUAUGAUGCAUAUUUGUUUUUUACAUUGUAUUUUUGUACAUCGGGGUCUGACAAUACUGCACAUGACAAUACGGUCUAGGUAGCAUUUAAUUUUUAUUUUUUAAGGGGGCACCAAAAGAUUUUGCUGCCUUGCAAGAGUGAGACUUGUGCUUAUAAGGAGGUUCUUCACCUAAAUUAAAUUUUUUGAAAAGCCUGAUUAAUAAUGCAUGCCUCGAGAGAUAACGGCACGGCAUGACUAAUGGCUCAUUCACACGAACGUGUGCUUCUUGGGGUUCCGUUCUGUGCCUCCGCACUGCAAAAAGAUAGAACUUACUCUAUCUUUUUGUGGAACAGACGGAUCGCGGACCCAUUCAAGUGAAUGGGUCUGCGAUCCCCAUGCGGCUGUGCCACCGUCCGUGCCCGUGCAUUGCGGUCCACAGCACGGGCUUCACGCGGUCAUGAGAACAAGCCCUAAUACCGAGCCUCUGUUCCCCUCCUCCACAGCCAGCUCGGAGACAAUACGGCUGUGAGCGGACAGACCCAACUGGUUGCCAUUAAUGCCUAAUUGCUAUGGAUUCUUUGCCUAGCAACUACAGCUUUUUUAUACGGGGCUAUCAGACAGAGCG